UCCUCGUGUUUCACCCUCUUCACGACUUCAUCGAUCACCCGAUCGUUGCCACUGCGCGGCCCUGAUUUCGUGACGGAGCAGCCAACAAAUUCCAGCUAUAAAAUGAUGCAGUGUCCAACUCAAAUCCAAAGCCUUUUCCCAAAUUUUGGAGGCUAUUAUGAUGUUCUGAAGAAGAGGAAGAAAAAUAUAGACAUAUAAUUCUCCACUUGGUAUUAUUGUCUUUUAGAUUGAAAUAUCAACCGUUAUUUCUGUACUUCUUUGAUUUUUUUUUUUUUUCUGAUUUUACUUCUUUUUUUUUUGUGAAUUUUGAUUUGGGUUGCUGUAGGUAGCGAGGUAUGUCCUUAGAUGGACCUGAUGGGUUUAGGGUUUAAGGAGGAAACAAUUCCAGUUCGGGUUUUAUUUGAGAAAAAUUGCUUUGAUCCAUGCAAGAAUGCUGUGUUGUCAAAUUUGGGUGCACCUAUUUGUUUUAACUACCACAGUUCUAACUCAAGGACUUGUGGAUCUUCUGUUGUUCGUUCUACUGCAAGGGAUCUAGCAGUCAUUGAAAGUCCUCCUGCUAAAGAAGUGUUGAUUCCCUUCCCUGGUUCUGCUUCUGAGCCCUUUCCACAUUUGAGGCUUGAACAUGAUCAUUUUUGGAGCGCUUUAGAGAUCGCAGAAGCUGUCGAUGGGGAGAUUAUCAGAUGGGGUCCUUCAGGAACCAUCUCGACAGACACCCGAAAGCUGAUGCCCGGCCAAUGGUUCUUCGCCAUUCCUGGCGGGGCUUUUGAUGGUCAUGAUUUUGUCACUCAGGAAUUGGCUGAUAAGGGGUGUGCAGGUGUCAUAGGGAAUAGGGUGUGCAAAAACUGGCAUGGGGGGUUCAUUAAGGUGGAAGGUGAUACCUUGUUUGCCCUUGAGAAGAUGGCAAAGUUUGCUAGGAAAAGGUUUCAUGGUAUUGUGGUGGGUUUAACAGGCAGCGUUGGAAAGACCACCACAAGAACCAUGAUAGCUCUUGCACUUGAGAGCCUCGGUCAUGUCUACCAGACCCAUGGGAACUUGAAUUAUAUGGUCGGAGUUGCUUUGACGCUGAUGGGGAUUCCUAUGGAUGCGAAGGCUUCAGUUGUGGAGCUUGGGAUGGGUGGGAAGGAGGGAGAGAUUUUGGAGAUGGCACGAAUGUGCCAGCCAUCUGUAAGAGUGAUUUUGAAUGUAGCUCAUGGUCAUAUGGAGCAUUUCAGGAGUUUAAAGGAGGUUGCUAAAGCGAAAGGGGAGAUUCUGGCAGAGGCAAAACCGGGGGAUACUUGUGUGUUGAAUGCUGAUGAUCCUCUAGUUAUGAGCAUCCCAGUUCCGGUUGGAGUUAAGAAGGUGCUUUUCGGCAGUCAAAGAGGUUGUGAUGUCAGGUUGGUUUUGGCUGAAAGCAUAGAUGGAGGCUGUGCAACUCGUGUAAUAUUAGAAAGUACAAUUGCCGCAUAUCGUAACCUGCUUUCAUUCGCAAGUGAAAAGACUUCAGAAAUGUAAGUUAGUUUUAUCAUUCCCAUCUGUGAU